AGUGUGCUUCGUCAGGAACCCCAUCAUUCCCACGAGGUGGAUGUCUACGUUAGAGGACCCACCUCUCUUGUCCCUUGCUCCUCAUCCUCUUCCUCUUCUCAAUAUCUUUCAGUUCAACUUCCACACACACUCUAGCUAGCUCCUUCCCAUCCUCCUUCAUUUCUUGAUUAUAUUUCAUCUCUUCUUCUACUUUCUUUUUUUUAAGAAUAAGUAAAGUUUUCAGUGGUAAUUUAAUUGGCCGAUCAUGGAGCUAACAAAUAUGUGAAGGCCAAGGCACAGACAGAGACACCGCGCGCCGCAUGAUUUUGCUGCUUCUUUGAUAGAGAUCGCAUGGAUUCGAUGUCGUCGGCGAACUCGGACAGCUCGGGCAACUCCGGCGGCGCGGGGAGCAGGGCGAGGCCGAGCCGGUACGAGUCGCAGAAGCGUCGCGACUGGAACACGUUCCGGCAGUACUUGCGGAACCACCGGCCGCCGCUGGAGCUGUCGCGGUGCAGCGGCGCCCACGUGCUGGAGUUCCUGCGCUACCUCGACCAGUUCGGGAAGACCAAAGUGCACGCGUGCGGGUGCCCCUUCUUCGGCCAUCCCCACCCGCCGGCGCCCUGCCCCUGCCCGCUCCGCCAAGCCUGGGGCUCCCUCGACGCCCUCGUCGGCCGCCUCCGCGCCGCCUUCGAGGAGAACGGGGGCGCGCCGGAGGCCAACCCCUUCGCCGCCCGCGCCGUGCGGCUCUACCUCAGGGACGUCAGGGACAGCCAGGCCAAGGCCAGGGGGAUCGCCUACGAGAAGAAGAAGCGGAAGCGCCCGCCGCCUCCGCCCCCUCCUCCCCUUCACCACCACCUGCAACACCAGCCGGUGGCAGCUCCCCCGCCGCCACUGCCCGCCGUGCUGGGAUAUGAAAUUAGGCAGCCCCCGCCGCUGCAACUGACCGCACCGCCCGAACUUAGCUUGCUGAAUGGCGGCGACUUCCAGUACCAUCACGUUCACGGCCACCUGCUGAUGCCCGCAGUAGACCCCGCCGGCGGCGAAAGCUCUGCAUCGACAGUGGUCUUACCUCUCUCAGUCCUCAACUGAUUAGUCAAUAAUAAACUACUUCUACUUAAUGAUCAAGAUAUGCAUCGAGGUCAGUUCUAUGUAUAUUAUGAAUCAUCAGUUUUCUAAUUAUGCUUGUUAAUUAGCUUCUGUGGACAACUGCAUGCGUAAUGGUGGAUUUGUUCUCUACUUAGUUUUAAAUUUAACAGACACUGCUAAUUUUUCUGGUU